AUGCCUCAAAUAACAUGUCCUGCGUGUGAUAAACAACUUGCGUCAAUCACAGGUUAUAGCCAGCAUCUCGCAAAGACCACCAAUCCUGACUGUCACGCCCUAUACCUUUCCUCGCGGCAAUUUGCUCCAGACCCACCAAACGAAGGAGAUAUAGAUGCUCCUGAUCCAGAUCAUGCCAUGUUCGAAGGUGAUUUUUUUGGAACAUACGCUGAGGACGAGCUCGCAUGGCCAGGCUCAGAUGACGAGGAGCAUUUGGACGAAGACGACUUAGGGUAUGACAUUGGCCCGGGUGAUCACGAUGAAUGGGAACCUCCUGCCGCAGUACCAGUGCCUCCGAGUCCCGCCACUCCUGCGCAUGGUGAACAUCAUGACAUUGAUGGUCAUGAUCAUUGGGAACCUCCUGUAGCGCCUGUGCCUGCGCACAAUGACGCCUUCCACCCACCUACUGCAGAUCAAGGCCAAGAUGCUCGGCAUAUGGCACAACAGCGACUUCACGAACACGAACAGGCACCCACAAUUCAUCAGGAAAAUAUGCUAACUCUAUAUAGCCCAGUAUAG